GAAGGCUUUCGAACCAGAUCCUCCUCAUCUGGGGAGAAGGAGGCUCCCACCAGAACCCUGCCUUCACCUGCGCCUCCCCAGCUCCCUCCAAGCCAGCCUUGGGGCAGGAGGCGCAUGGAGUCGGGGCUGCUGCGGCCGGCGCCGGUGAGCGAGGUCAUCGUCUUGCACUACAACUACACCGGCAAGCUGCGCGGCGCGCGCUACCAGCCCGGCGCGGGGCUGCGUGCGGACGCCGUCGUGUCCCUGGCCGUGUGCGCCCUCAUCGUGCUCGAGAACCUGGCGGUGCUGUUCGUGCUUGCGCGCCACCCGCGCUUCCACGCGCCCAUGUUCCUGCUCCUGGGCAGCCUUACGCUGUCCGACCUGCUGGCGGGCGCGGCCUACGCGGCCAACAUCCUGCUGUCGGGGCCUCUCACGCUGCGCCUGUCGCCCGCGCUCUGGUUCGCCCGCGAAGGUGGCGUCUUCGUGGCGCUCGCCGCGUCCGUGCUGAGCCUCCUGGCCAUCGCGCUGGAGCGCCGCCUCACCAUGGCCCGCCGCGGACCCGCGCCCGCCUCCCGUCGGGGACGCACGCUGGCACUGGCGGGGGCCGCCUGGGGCGUGUCGCUGUUCCUCGGACUCCUGCCGGCGCUCGGCUGGAAUUGUCUGGGCCGCCUGGACUCCUGCUCCACGGUCCUGCCGCUCUACGCCAAGGCCUACGUGCUCUUCUGCGUGCUCGCCUUCCUCGGCAUCCUGGCCACCAUCUGUGCGCUCUACGGGCGCAUCUACUGCCAGGUGCGCGCCAACGCGCGGCGCCUGCGGGAGCGCCCCGGGGCCUCCGGGGGCGCCUCCACCCGGGCCCGCCGCCCGCCGCGCUCGCUGGCGCUGUUGCGCACGCUCAGCUUGGUGCUGCUGGCCUUUCUCAUGUGUUGGGGCCCCCUCUUCCUGCUGCUCUUGUUCGACGUGGCGUGCCCGGCGCGCGCCUGCCCCGUGCUCUUGCAGGCCGACCCCUUCCUGGGCCUGGCCAUGGCCAACUCGCUUCUGAACCCCAUCAUUUACACGUUCACCAACCGCGACCUGCGCCACGCUCUCGUGCGCCUCCUCUGUUGCGGCCGCCGCCCCUGCACCAGAGAGCAGGACGCCUCCCAGGGGUCCGGGAGCCCCGCGGGGGCUUCGGAAGGCCUCAACCGCUGGCUGCCCCCUGGCUUGGACGGCAGCUGCCGCCACUUGGGGCGCUUGUCCCCCCAGCCGGACGGGCUGGACACCAGCGGCUCCACCGGCGGCCCUGGUGCGCCCACAGCCUCCUGGACCCUGGUACACGCACCGGCUGCAGACUGACGCCCUUUGGCCUGCCAUCGCCCUCCCUAAGUGCUGUUUUUGCAGACUUUCUCUUUUUAAAUAAAGGAAUUUGUAGGAAAAGCUGCUGAAGAUGGUGGCGGCAGAAGAUGGGAAACCUCACAGCAGUGAAUGAGACAACGCAGCCCUUGUGGAAUCGACAUUUUGAUGGGGGACACAGGCAACAGCAGAGUGAAGAAAUCACGGAGAUAAUUCUGGCUACAAUACAGUGAUGCGAUGGUGGUCAGGGGCGGCUUCUCUGCCAAAGAGGUGAUAUACGAUGUAAGCUGAGACAUCAUUGCCCUGGGAACACUUGAAAGAAGAGUUUUUCAGGGUGAGGGAACAGCAGUGCAAAGGUCCUGAGGUUGGAACAUGCCUGUGUGUUCUCUGAAAACAGAGAAAAGCAGCCCUUCUGGCUGGAGCAGUAAUAGAGGAGAGUGGUGGGAGGAAACAGAGGCAGGAAAUAGAUGAUGCAGAAGGGACAGAGCCUUGUGGGGCUCAUGGAGGACUUUGCUUCUACUCUUGGUCAAGUGGGAGGCAGAGGAUGGACUUGAUUUGCUUGAAAUGUUCACAGAUCUCUGGAAGGAUGAAGGUAGAAGCUAGAACAAGGUGAAAGUGCCUGCACUGGCCCAGGGGAGCAAUGAUGGGGACUCAGACUAUGUGGAUUCUGAAUAGAUUUUGGAGACAGCAGACAGAAUUACUGAGGAAUUGAGUGGAGAUGGGACAAAAAGAAAGGAAUCAAGGACAGCUCCCCAGCUGAGAGGAGACAAGGCCAAAGAUGGGGCCCCCUAAACUGAAAUUUGACUGUGGGAGAGACUUAGCCGAUUCCUCUCUGAAACAAGAUUUGAAAAAAAAAAAAAAAAAAAAAAAGAUUUGAGUGUGACGUCAGAUCUUUCAAAAAAAUUAAAAUAAUAAAAUAAUAAGAAUAACUAUAGCUAAUCGUGUCUGGCUGGUCAUCCCACGGUGCUCGGUCUAGGACACACCUUUUUUUUUUUUUUAAGAUUUUAUUUAUUUAUUCAUAGAGACACACAGAGGGAGAGGCAGAGACACAGCAGAGGGAGAAGCAGGCUCCAUGCCGGGAGCCCGAUGUGGGACUCGAUCCUGAGUUUCCAGGAUCACACCUCAGGCUGCAGGCGGCGCUAAACCGCUGCACCACGGGGGCUGCCCUAGGACACACCUUUUUUCUUACCCUGACUGCAACUUUGCAAGGUAGGUUUCCUCACCCCGAUUUGACAGAUGAGGAAACUGCAAGCAGUGAGUACCUGGCCGGUGUCUGAGCCAGGACAGUAGCCCAGACUGUCAGGCUCCCAGGCCCUAAGAAGGCGCAGGUCUAGCGUGUGGCUCCUCCGGAGGGGUGUGGCACGGCCUGACACUCCCUCCCUCCGCGGUCUGCAUUCUUCUCCGGGGGGCGAUACCAGGACCCCGUCUGUGUCCAUGAAAGGCUCCAGGGACGCUGGCUGUGGGGACCCGCUGUCCCUAGACGCAUUCCGGACCCCAGGGCCGCACCGCCCUGCUUGGGGAGGCAGAGGGCUUGGGGCUCAGACUACCGCGCGCCCCUUGCUGGGAGACCCGUGCAACUGCAGGCAGUGCUAGGACAGCAGUGUGUUUUGGGGACCACGGACCCAGUCUGGGGGCCUGAGCGUCUGCCCGCCAAGCUCAGGUAGUCCCUGCAGGCCACAGGCACGGGAAACCAACCUAUUUUCUGGAAUACAAACACACUGAAACCCGGGAACUCCCAGGACGGGACAGAGUUUCCCCUGGGCCUGGCGCCCCUAACCCCAGGCUCUUUUAUUUUCCAGGGAACCUGAAGCUCACUCCUUUGUUUGCUUGUUUGAUAGUAUGACGGUAGGGGAUUUAUUCCCUUGUUCACAUUUUACAAAUUUCGAAAAGCACCAGUUCCCCCUUUUGGAUGUGAUCACUGUUGGGAUUCCUUGGAAACUUCCAGAGCUGUUCUGUGGAUAAAUGAACUGGCACAUAAAUACUUCUCUCAUUUUAUACAACUUCAGCACUGCUUUGCGUCUUGCUUUUCACUUAAUAGUGUAUCUUGGGAAUUGUACACCCACAGAUUUUUUACUUAUUGUCUUAAGUUGGCUCAGGCUGCCAUUAAAAAACACCAUUACCUGUG